AUGCCUGCAACCGAAGUCACUCCCCUGCUGCAGGGGGGAAGCAGAAGCUCCAGUAUCCGGUCGAUGGAGAGUGAUAUGCUGGGGGUGAGGGAUGGAAGUACGCCGACGUUGACGUCUUUUAAUGCUCUGGGUGAUGAAUCUGCAGGCUCCAACAAAUGGCGGGUCGCAGCGACCUUUUACGGCUUCCUUAUUGUGGGAGCGACGGAUGGGGCAUAUGGGCUUCAAAAAUACUACCACGCCAACUACCUCACCGUAUCCAUCCUCCUGCUAUCCCCCGUCGUGGGCUACACCCUUGCCGCUUUUUCCAGUGACUCCAUACAUAAUCGCUGGGGUCAGCGUGGAAUUGCCAUCCUUGGGCCUGGCUUGCACGUCAUCGCUUUCCUGGCAGUCGCGAUGCAUCCUCCAUACCAGAUCCUCAUUCUCGUCUUCGUCCUGGCAGGUCUAGGGAGUGGGCUGGUGGACGCGGGAUGGAAUGUCUGGAUCGGUACCAUGCCCGAUAGUAGCGGCAUCAUGGGCUCGCUGCACAGUUUUUAUGGCCUGGGCGCAGCUCUUGCUCCUGUCGUUGCAAACGCUGUUAUCAGCAAGCUGGGCUGGAAGUGGUACGGCUUCUACUACUUAAUGGCGCUCGCCUCUGUAGUAGAACUGUUGUCCUCCACAGCAGCAUUCUUCUCGAAGACAGGUGAGAAGUACCGCUUGCAACACGGAGCUCCCUCGGAACCAGAGUUACUACAUGACCAAGUGAUUCUCAAGGAUAUUGUACCCGUCAAGAAGCCGACCAACCUCAUAUUACAAGCACUGGGCGAUUCUUCUACCUGGCUUAUUAGCAUCAUCAUCUUUCUCUACGCCGGAAUUGAGAUCUCGCUUGCCGACUGGAUCAUGACCCUUGCAAUCGACCACCGAGCCCAGACGCCAUACGCUGGAAGUAUGUUGACCUUCGCCUUUUGGGGCGGCCUGACCUCUGGUCGCAUUAUCGUCGGCUUCCUGAUUCCGCUCGUCGGCAACAGCAAGGGUGUCAUCACCACCUGCCUGAUCGUAACCAUCCUCUCCCAUCUUGUCUUUACAAUCCGGUCCGACCUCGUCACAUCAGCUAUAGUUGUGCCCUUGAUUGGAUUCUCGCUUGGCCCAUUGUUUCCCGAGGCCGUUAUCAUGCAAACCAAACUGAUUGAUAAGAGCCUGCAUGUUGCAGCGGUGGGCUUUGCGUGCGCGUUGGGGAGUGCGGGUGGCUGCGUGUUUCCCUUUCUAGUUGGGGUGAUUGCCAAUGAGUAUGGUAUCCAGACGUUGCUGCCUGUAGUAAUGGUAAUGAUGCUGCUGUGUUUGUCUUGUUGGUGGCUGCUCCCCAUUCCGGUCGAGGAGGAUGUGGAAGUCAUCACUGGGUAA